AUGGCAGGACUUUGCUUCAGGCCCCUCAGCCAGAAGAGCUCAGAGAUGGAGUACAUCAGCAAGUACCGGCAGCUGGAAGCACAGGAGCUUGACAAGUAUGGCAGUGCUCAGUCCAGCAGUGGGCCAGGUCUCAGGCCUCCGCUGGCUAAAUUAAACAAUGUGACCUGCAUACCUGAGACAACGUAUAAAUACCCAGAUUUGCCUAUAAAUCGAUGUAAGGAAGAGGUCAUUUCCCUGAUAGAGAGCAAUUCAGUGGUGGUCAUCCAUGGGGCCACGGGCAGUGGGAAGAGCACGCAGCUCCCGCAGUACCUCCUGGACCACUGCAUCCAGUGCGCCACCUACUGCAACAUCGUGGUCACGCAGCCCCGGAAAAUCGGGGCCAGCAGCAUUGCCCGGUGGAUCAGUAAGGAGCGCUCCUGGCCUCUGGGCGGCGUGGUGGGCUACCAGGUGGGGCUUGAGAAGAUAGCCACAGAGGACACCAAGCUCACUUACAUGACGACCGGUGUCCUGCUGCAGAAGAUCGUCAGUGCCAAGAGUUUGAUGGAGUUCACACACGUCUUCAUCGACGAAGUGCACGAACGAACUGAAGAAAUGGAUUUCCUGCUGUUGGUGGUCCGCAAACUUUUAAGAACAAAUUCGCGUUUUGUGAAGGUGGUCCUGAUGUCGGCCACCAUCAACUGUAAAGAGUUUGCCGACUACUUUGCAGUCCCUGUUCAGAACACAAUGAAGCCCGCACACAUCUUUGAAGUGGAGGGCAAACCCCACUUGAUCGAGCAGUAUUACCUGGAUGACCUGGGGCACAUCCACCACAGCAGGCUUUCUCCUCACCUCCUAGAGGAGCCAGUGAUCCCCAAAGACAUUUACAAGGUGGCCAUCGCCCUCAUUCAGAUGUUUGAUGACUUGGAUGUGAAGGAGAGUGGGAGCGAGGGCUGGUCAGGCUCCCACUUCAUGGCAGAGCGGAGCAGUGUCUUGGUCUUCCUGCCAGGUCUGGGUGAAAUCAACUACAUGCACGAACUUCUCACAAAUAUGGUUCAUAAAAGGCUGCAGGUCUACCCUCUCCACUCCAGCGUGACUUUAGAAGAGCAGAACAAUGUGUUUUUAAGCCCAGUGCCUGGGUACAGAAAGGUUAUUCUGUCUACCAACAUUGCUGAGAGCUCUGUAACAGUUCCAGAUGUCAAAUAUGUGAUAGACUUCUGUCUGACGAGAACCCUGGUCUGUGAUGAAGAUACCAACUACCAGAGUCUGCGCUUGAGCUGGGCCUCCAAGACCAGCUGUGACCAGAGGCAAGGCCGUGCGGGGCGAGUGUCGAAGGGCUACUGCUACAGGCUGGUGCACAGGGACUUCUGGGACCGCUCCAUCCUGAACCAUGUUGUCCCCGAGAUGCUGCGCUGUCCAUUAGGAAGCACAAUAUUGAAAGUGAAACUCUUGGACAUGGGUGAGCCGAGGGCUCUGCUGGCGACUGCACUGUCCCCUCCGAGUCUGAGCGAUAUUGAGCGCACCAUUCUUCUACUGAAAGAGGUCGGUGCUCUGGCCGUCAGUGGUCAGAAAGAGGGCGAGAACCCCCAUGAUGGCGAGCUGACCUUCCUGGGCAGGCUCCUUGCCCAGCUUCCUGUCAACCAGCAGCUCGGUAAACUCAUCGCCCUUGGACACGUGUUCGGCUGUCUGGACGAGUGUCUCAUCAUAGCGGCUGCCCUUUCUCUGAAGAACUUCUUUGCAAUGCCUUUCAGACAGCAUCUUGAUGGAUACAGGAACAAAGUGAGUUUCUCCGGUGACAGCAAGAGUGACUGCAUUGCUCUGGUUGAGGCGUUCAAAACUUGGCAGGCUUGCCGGCGGAGCGGAGAACUACGGCACCCCAAGGAUGAACUUGACUGGGGACGGUUACAUUACAUUCAAAUCAAGAGAAUCAGAGAGGUGGCUGAAUUAUAUGAAGAGCUGAAGACUCGGAUCUCACAGUUCAACAUGUGUGUGGAUUCUCGAAGACCCGCCCUGGACCACGAGUACAUCUACAAGCAGCGGUUCAUCCUCCAGGUUGUUUUGGCAGGUGCUUUUUAUCCAAACUACUUUACUUUCGGGCAGCCCGAUGAGGAAAUGGCAGUGAGGGAGCUGGCCGGCAACGACCCAAAGACAACCGUCGUGCUGAAGCACAUCCCUCCCUACGGCUUCCUCUACUACAAGCAGCUACAGUCGCUCUUCCGGCAGUGCGGCCAGGUCAAGUCCAUUGUGUUCGACGGGGCAAAAGCCUUCGUGGAGUUUUCUCGGAACCCGACGGAGAGGUUUAAGACUCUCCCCGCGGUGUACAUGGCUGUCAAGAUGUCCCAGCUGAAGGUCUCCCUGGAACUCAGUGUCCACGCUGCCGAGGAGAUCGAGGGGAAGGUGCGAGGGGGGGCCAUGUCCAAGCUCAGGAACACCAGGGUGAAUGUGGACUUCCAGAAGCAGACCAUGGACCCCAUGCAGGUCUCAUUUAAUACUCUGGAGAAGCCACGGUCGGUGACAGAGCUCAUCCUCACUAUUGAUGUCGCAGAGGUGGUUGAGGUGGGACACUUUUGGGGAUAUAGGGUUGACGAGAAGAGCCUGGAGCUUCUGAGAAAGCUCACCACCGAGAUCAACCAGCUCCAGUUGGUGCCCUUGGCUAUUCACCCCCACCCAGACCUGGUCUGCCUGGCGCCCUUCGUGGACGCGGAUCAAGAAAACUACUUCAGAGCGCAGAUCCUGUAUGUCUCUGGGCAGCUAGCGGAGGUGUUCUUCGUGGACUAUGGCAACCGGGCACACGUGCACCUGGACCUUCUGAUGGAGAUCCCCUGCCAGUUUCUGGAACUUCCAUUUCAGGCGUUGGAGUUUAAGGUCUGCCAGAUGCGGCCAUCGGCCCAGUGCCUGGUGUGCGGUGAGCGCUGGAGCUGCGGGGCCAGCCGGCGGUUCUCCUCGCUGGUGCUCGGCUGCCCACUGCUCGUCAAGGUCUUCUCUGUGGUGCACAGCGUCCUGCACGUGGACGUGUGCCGCUACUUGGGGACCCAGGACACUGUCAACGUGCGGGAUGUCCUCAUCCAGGAGGGUUACGCCGAGCUCACCGAAGAGUCCUACGAGUCCAAGCAAAGCCAUGAAUUCCUCAAAGGCCUCUUUUCCACCUCGGCGGGGAGCAGCACUGGGGGCGCCAUGGCUGUGCCCACCCCUGGGAAAGACGACGAGAAGUGCCUGCUCCGGGUUCUGCUGGAGAGCUUCUCCUCCAACAAGCUGGGCCCCCCAAACUGCAAGGUGAUACUGCAUGGGCCUUUCAACCCCUAUGAGCUGAAGUGCCAUAGCCUGACCAGAAUAUCCAAGUUCAGGGGCGUGUGGAUCGAGAAGGAGAGCAUCAAUUCUGUCAUCAUCAGCGACGCCCCUGAAGACCUCCACCAGAGGAUGCUGGUGGCAGCAUCCCUCUCCGUCAACGCCACCGGGUCCACCAUGCUGCUGAGAGAGACCUCGCUGAUGCCCCAUAUCCCUGGCCUGCCAGCCCUGCUCAGCAUGCUGUUUGCACCGGUGAUGGAGCUGAGGGUGGAUCGGGAUGGAAAAUGCUACACUGGAGUCCUCUGUGGUUUGGGGUGGAACCCAAGCACAGGCACCCCCAUCCUGCCAGAGCAUGACAUUGAGCUAGCCUUCGACGUUCAGUUCAAGGUGGAAGAUAUCAUGGAGAUUAAUAUCCUGAGGGCAGCUAUCAACAAACUAAUAUGUGAUGGACCAAAUGGAUCUAAAUAUCUCGGGCCAGAGCGAAUUGCUCAGCUCCAGGAUAACGCCCGGCAGAAACUUCUAAGCUUGUUCUGUCAUUUGAAGCCGAGAGAGAGAAUUGCCCCUAAAUGGCAUGAAAAUCCUUAUGACUGGAAUCAGGUUGACCCCAAACUAGUCAUGGAGCAGUCCGACCAGGAGGGCAGCCACGGGAAGAACACCUUUCUCUACCAGCUCCACAAGUUGAUCGUGCUGAACAUCUAGCUGCCGGCUCAUACCGUCCAGCACUCGCCGGAGAGCCCUGC